UUGGGGCGAAGGGAAAGGCACAGGAACAGAAUGGGGAGCGAGAACAUCUUACCGGAGCUUAUGGCGGAGAAGGACACGCUGGACCCGACUUUUCAGCACUCCUUGCGGCUGUUGGACCAAGAAAUCGAAAAAAUCCAGAAAGAUGAGGGGAAAGAGGAGGAGAAGGAGAGGUUCAUCGAUGUUGUCAUCAACAAGAACAUGAAACUGGGGCAGAAAGUUUUAAUACCCGUCAAGCAGUUUCCUAAAUUUAACUUUGUGGGCAAACUCCUGGGGCCACGCGGGAACUCGUUAAAAAGACUACAGGAGGACACCCUCACCAAGAUGUCAAUUCUCGGCAAAGGAUCCAUGAGAGACAAGGAAAAGGAAGAGGAACUACGGCAAAGCGGAGAGGCCAAAUACCAGCAUCUAAACCAAGACCUGCAUGUCCUCAUUGAAGUGUUCGCCCCGCCCGCUGAAGCCUACGCCAGAAUGGGUCAUGCCCUGGAAGAGAUCAAGAAAUUCCUUAUACCAGACUACAACGAUGAGAUCAGACAAGCCCAGCUGCAGGAACUCACAUACCUGAACGGGGGCUCAGAAGACGCCAAGGUGCCGGCGGUGAGGGGCAAAUCGGUCGCCCGUGCGAGAGGGACACCUGUUUCGGGGCCCCCCAGAAGUCGAGGAGGUGUCCCGCCCCUGCAUGCUGCCGUGCCCAGAGGAGCAGCACCCAGAGGAGCCGUCUCCAGGGGGGCUAGAGGGGUGCAGAGAGCCAGAGGUGCCCCCCCGGCCGCUGGAUACAGGCCAGCCCCUCCAGUAGUACAGGACACAUAUGGAGAAUACGAGUAUGAUGAUGGCUAUGGCACAUCGUAUGACGAACAAGGAUAUGAAUCAUAUGACAACAACUACAGUAAUCAAGGACAGAACUCAGAAGACUACUAUGAGUACGGCCACAGCGGGGAGUCCUAUGAGUCAUAUGGUCAGGAAGAGUGGGCAAACAGUCGCGGCAAGGCACCAUCGGCACGCAGCAGCAAGGGAGCGUUCAGAGAGCAGCCCUACUCCCGAUAUUGAACUGUUUAUACCAGCGGCACCAGGCCAACCCAAGUAAAGGAUUUUUUAUGGACGCUCUCACCUUUUUACAAGUGAACAGCUAAACCACACAGAAAUAUCCAAACAUGAAAUGAUGGGACUGUGGAAGAGUCACAAGUGGUUUUCCAAAAUGGCCUCCCCUCAUGUUAAACCAUGGUCCCACUGGGUAAUGUAUAAAAAGGUUUUUGUUUCUGCAGGAGACAUAGGCUGGAUACUGAGACUAAGGCCAAGUGUACACAUACUGUCAUGACUGUAAGAGCUUCUCAUAGUAUUUCACUGUUCAGAAACAUCAAGAUUGAUAUUAACAGCUGAUGAUUUUACCUCCUUAUUGGCUCCAGCCACUUCAGCAGGUAUAUUGUGAUUGGUCCAAUCUGACUCAAGUCCCCAGCCUCUCUCUGGAGGCGGCCUUAGACUGAAGCCUCAGCCAGACAUACUCAGUGACCCUCACAUGAGCUAGGGUCUGCUGAGUGUGUCCGGCCUCCUCCUCUGCCCAGCUCCCCACAGCC